AUGACCGCUCCCCAAAAUUCUCCAUUAACAAUGUAUCCACUGCACUCUUCAAUGGGCGAUAGGUCCAACCGCAUAUUAGGUCUCUCUCCCCUCACGGUGGCCCUUAUCGGCGUCGCCUCGGCCACUACGUUGCUGUUAAUCUACCACUGUGUCGUGUCUCGCUGGUGUAACCCGCGAGCGCCAGUCCCUAGCCUGCGACAUCAACAAUUGGCCGUGUCCAACGCCGAGGGCACGCCGACAAUUAGCAUUGAGAUCAGUUCCUUAACAGAGCUUAUUCCUUCACACAAAUAUAACAAAGACAUUGCCCUGGUCUCAAAAACAGCAGAAGAUGGCACAUGUGCUGUUUGCUUGUGUGAGUUUCAGGAUGGCGAACCGGUUCGGGUAUUGCCUGAAUGCUUGCACCCGUUUCACGCCCCGUGCAUCGACAUGUGGCUUUUCUCCCACUCGAAUUGUCCACUCUGCCGUGCCGCCACCACGCCAUCACGACAGUCUCUCGGCCACCGCCUGGAAUCGGAGGCCUUCCGGCUAGAGAUCCAUCAACCAUGA